AUGCACCCGCCGCUGACGCUGGACAAGCACCCGAUCUGCCGCGAAGCCGUCAUCGCUCUCAAGCGCUGUCACGCCGAAAACGCCCUGGGCAAGUUCCUCGGGAAGUGCAACGAAGAAAAGUGGACGCUCGACGCGUGCCUGAAGGAGCAAAAGCUGUGGAAGAGUCGAAGAAACUUGAAGCUCGCGCGCGAGUCCAAGGCGCGAUUGGCGAAAAAACUCGAGGAAGAGCGAGCGAAGUGA